GUCACUAUAUAUUACAAGAUUGGGGAUACCUUUUUUUUCACAUGGAGAAAUACUUUGAACAUCAGCAAAAUAUCCGCCAAUCUGUAGUCCGGAUUCGGAUUUUUUUAAAACGCUUGAAAGAUACAGAUUAUGACGCGUUUUGAAGAAGAGAAGAACGCAGCCGAUAAUAAUUUGUCAACAACAAUAGUACUUGUUUUAGCUAAUUUAACAAGACAACCAAUGCCAAGGAGCUAUGAGUUAACAAAUACUCGAGGAUAUACUUCAGGGAGACUCGGGAGCACCUGGUGUACUCGGGGCAAUAGGAGAAGUUGGAAUUAAAGGAAUGAAAGGAAUGAAAGGAAAUUCUGGACCAAGAGGACCAACUGGACCUCCAGGCCAACCAGGAGUACAAGGAACUUCAGGACCUAGAGGAAAUCCAGGCCCUGUGGGAGGAGCUGGUUCCACAGGACCACCUGGCCAUGGGUUAUCAGGAGAACAGGGACUACUUAAAUACACAUUUGUUGCUCCAAAGAUGGAAGAGGAUUUGAAGUUAUACAAUGACAUGAAUGACAUGAAUGAAUUGAUUAAAAAUACAUUUAGAUGAGACCCUGUAUCUACAGUACAUGUAACUGGAACUGUAGGAAGUAUUACAAAGUCUGAUUGCAAAGUAUGCAUUACAGGAUUCUAUCAUUGGAGCAACAUCUUAGAAGGAUAAGUGGAAAUGUAUGAAGGAAUCCUUGGGUACAAAUAUCAAUUAUAUGCAGAAGUGGACUCUUAAACAUUAUUAACAGACAUGGUAGUGAAGAAAUUUAUACCAUUACCAACUGGAAUUAACUAUUGCCUUUAUUUUUUCAACCACAAGUACUUUCAGAAUACAAUACAAUUCAAAUUCAGAUUAUUGUGUCAACAUACAAAAAUGUACAAGUUAAAAAAAAUGAAAAUGCAUAUAUCAUGUACACGAUGUAUUGAAAA